AUGGUGGUAGCCUGCGAGGGUCAUUUUUAGCGAGGGCGAAGUCCUUCUUGCUUUGAUCUUGUAACUAGUAUUUACAGAGAUGGGUAAAAAGUGCCCCUGCCCUGGGGAACGCACGCACCGGUGUCUUGAAAGAGCAUGAAACAGGCAGUGUGACAAGAUCCCCAUCGGAUCAUUCAGCGUGCACGGGGACCGGGGAGGGCGGACGCUGCGCUCUGCCUGGGGCAGAAACAGCCUUCUGCAGGAACCAAGGUUUUUAGACUGGCUGUGGAUUUGACAAGAUCAAAGCUGCAGGAAAAUGGACAGUGAAGUACAGAGAGAUGGAAGGAUCUUGGAUUUGAUUGAUGAUGCUUGGCGAGAAGAUAAGCUGCCUUACGAGGAUGUUGCAAUACCACUGAAUGAGCUUCCUGAACCCGAACAGGACAACGGUGGCACCACAGAAUCCGUUAAAGAACAGGAGAUGAAGUGGACCGACUUGGCCUUACAGUACCUGCAUGAGAACGUUCCCCCCGUAGGAAACUGACACCUGGCUCCCUUCUCAUGGAUGGAUUUUAAAAAAAAAACAAAAAACACA